GUCCCUUGAAGCAAACCUUGGUGUGCCCUGACAUGUUCACUUGUGCAUGUGCCUGGACAGAAGAGUCACACAGGAAUACCUGGCUCUGAUUGGGAAUCUGUACUUUUCGUUUGGUUGGAUUCUUUCGGACCUUUUCCUUCUUUUUACCUGUGAUACAUAUGAUAUUGGAAUAAUGACCCAGACCACAGACAUGAAGAACCAGGAGGCAGACCUCAUGAACCUGCUGCUUAGCAAUACAGACGAAAACCUGGGUGGCCACAGCAACCAACCAUGGACAAUUGCGGUCCACGAGCACCUGCACCCUGGCGAUGACCUCCUGGAGUCCCUUCUGGGCGGCUGCGGCGGCAGUGAGGGUGUGUCCUCGGCCCCCGCCUCCCCGCUGUGGUCCCCCUCCGCCAGCGACAGCGGCGUCAGUGACAGCCACCCGUGGGACCUGCUGGACAGCCCCCGCCACCACGCCAGCCUGCCCAGCUUCAGCGGCUCUUACCAGGCCGGGCCGCCCCCCCACCAGGCCCCCCCCAUGGCUGACCUCCCCCCCAGCUUGUGUGCGGGGACAUGGGGGGCCCCAGAUGUCUCUAUUGAUCUAGGCUGCAUGGAACCAGAGGUCAUCAGAGAAAAUCUGGGGAUCGCCUACUAUCUCACUGCUCCUCCCACCUCAAUGCAUCCCACUAACCAAACGCCUACAGUCAAAGACCUGCUGUUGACUAACCUCGGACAGAAGUCUCAGCCAAACUGCCAGCCUUCCUUGCAGGGGUUAGUUCUUGAUGAGGAUGAGAAGAAGCUCCUGGCUAAAGAGGGAGUAAACCUUUCCAACAAGCUCCCCCUGUCUAAGCAUGAGGAGAGGGUCUUAAAGAAGAUCCGGCGGAAGAUCCGGAACAAGCGCUCGGCUCAGGAGAGUCGGCAGAAGAAGAGGGAAUACAUCGACAGCCUGGAGGGAAGGAUGUCGGCCUGCAGUGAAUACAACUUGGAUCUUCAGAGGAAGGUCCAUCAGCUGGAGCAUAGCAACAACUCACUGCUGGAGGAGCUGAGCAGACUCCAGGACCUGGUAGGAACCAGUCCUAGAAGUGGUCCUCCGACGGGCACCUGCCUUCUGGUGCUGCUCCUCUCCUUCUCCCUCAUCCUGUCUGUGAGUCUGCAGCCCAACAGCUCCAGCCAACGCAGAGUCUACACAGACGCCAAAGUGCCCUCUCGCAGCCUGCUGUCGGUGGCCGGCCCAGUGGAUGGCCCUCUGUCCACGGGGGUGGGGGCUUCAGCCAGCCUGAUGGAGAAGCUGUGGGGGCGGACGGACAUCUUGACAAGCCAUGAUCAGGAACACAACCACAAAGCUGGCCCCUGACCCCAGCGUCGUCGUCCCCCGCCCCCCACCCCGUGAAUGUGAACAUCUGAGGACAGUCUAUCUGAGGACAGUGUGUUGAGGACGCUGUCAGGAGCGGAGCUGGAGAGACGGCCCGCAGCAUCCCAUUGAGGGAUUAACGGGGCACCAGAGACACAGCUGUGGCAACAACCGCUCACUGACGGAGCGCAUAUCGUUUGAAAUCGCUGGAUAUAAUUUGGCAUUAAGAUGCACGGAUGUAAUAUCUGAAAGAUUUGGGUGUUGGGUGAUGAAAACAUUGCUGCCUUAAUGUGAACACUGCUUUGCUCAAAUCUAAGUUGCCAGGUGACCAGAUGCAGGCAAGGUCGUGGCCGGACGCUGGCUGGCUUUCUAAUGAAGGUCACCAGACUGAUCCCUGUGGCUCGCUAACACACCUGGUGACCUGACGUGGUCAGCUCUAGUCCUUGAUGUGUCAACGAAGCCAGAGAUAAAAAGAAUUUACCUGGACUUUCCCAUUUAUUUUACAUUCAGGUCAAACCGAAUUGACUCCGAUAACAGACAUUUCCAUGAUGUGCCUUGUUUUGGUGAACCAUUCUGCUUCAUUGACAAUUCCACAAAUUAAUUCUAAACAGAUGAUGAUAUACGUGAUGACGAUGGUAAUGCGGUGGAGGUGUUGUUAUUGUCACCAUGGAUAUUGUUAUUGCAUGAGCGUACCAGCAUGAGGAGAACUGAGAGGAGCACAGCUAGAACAAAGACAAAUCUGUUGUCGCACUUCGAGAAGAGCUUUUUUGUCUGUUUUCCUUUACUGUCUGUCACCAACUCAAUCCUGCGGUUUAAACAAGAAGACUCGCCAUUAUUUCUGCUAGCGCUGCGUGAGCGUCAGGGUUUGCUGGAGUCUGUCCUAGAUUCUAUUCAAGCAUCGCAAAAAAACCCUCACAUCGUCCCUGUCCUAGUUUCAUGGUAGCUCAUCACAUCGGAGAUGGGAGAUGUAUGUAGUACCGGUGAGAUUGUUUGUAUACCCUAAACCUUCCUUCCCUGCAGACUGUGACCUUGGGUUAACAUUUUUUAUUGCUAAAGGUUGUAGUUAUGCACGUUCCAAGCAGCAUGGAGAACAUGGAAUGUUCUUCAUUCAUCUCGGCCUCACGUUGGAGAUAACGUGGGACGCACGCAGCGGAUUUGAAUAAUGGGUGACGUUGGUGUGACAUUUAAUGAUAACAAGAUUUUAUUUGAUGUUUUGAAUAAAUGAAUGUUGGGA